GCGAAACAGUAACCUAAAAGGAGUUGUGCUUGCUCUCACACAAACAUAGAGAUCAGAUACCCAAUAUCAGCAGACCAACACAGGAUGAAGAUGACAGGAGGAGUCCAGAGUUGCUGUGUAGCUCUGCUCUUCGCCCUGACCUCUGUGUCCGCUGUACAAAGGCUCAAUUCAAUCAAUGACUUGAAGGAAAUCAACUUUGGCCAAGCUGUCCCCAGGCACAUCCUUUUGCUGCUCUACUGGUUUGCCGACACAGUGGACAUUGACGGUAAUGAUGACAUAUGGUUGAACUUCGACCCAAACAGAGGAGAUUAUGGUGCACAUCAUUAUGGCAACUUUGAGGGGCUGCUGGACCCACUGCCUCAGGGAAACAGAUACCGGUACUACACUGUAGGCAAUCUCUAUCAAGACGCACCCCUGGAACUUCCACCUUAUGUUGUCCGUUCCCAGAGGGAGUAUGUGGGAAGAAACAGGGACCGGAUCAUCAUUCGUGUCAGGGAGCAGAACAGAGGACGUAUGGCGAGGAUAGACCGGGUGUAUAUCACACAGCAUCAACAUCAUCAGGGAAGUUAUGAUCCAGAACACACCUACCAGAUCACUAUUAACCUCUUGAGACAGAUCAGAGAGUUUUCUGUGGGACAAAACCAACAGCAACUGCUGCACCUCAGAAACCGCUAUGGAAGUAACGCUGAUGUUUCCCACAUCAGAAACACAUGGGGAGACCUUUCUGGCCUUGGACUGCUUUUGUUUAUCGUGAUCCAAGAAAGGUACACCUCUAACCAACACAACAGGCAAAAUCAACGGAAUAAUAAUUUGAUGGCCUGCAUUCUUUUGGGUCUUUUAUUUCUAUUUGUUUUGGCAUUUUUAAAUCAAUCUGGGAAGUAGAUGACAGGAAAUGACAGAGAAGUAGAUAGAUAUUGGCUGAAUCACGGUGAGGUUGUAGUGCUUCUCAAGGAUGAUGAGGAUCACAAAGCCAGCAGGACUCAAUUUUGACUGGGGACAAAGAAUCGAGCCUUAAUGACACCUCUGUACCCCUGAGGUCAGGGGUACCUUGUUGUUUUGUUGAGUUGUAUGCUUUAUUUACAUCCAUUUUUAGAUUACAUUGUGUUCUGUAUUUUGUAAAUGGUGUUUAAGAUUGAGAGAGGCUUUGUAUGACAUGGUAGUGAUGACAGGCCUAAAACUUUAAGUCGAAGAUAUUAAACUGUGUGGUAGGAAGGGCUGAGAGUCUUUAGGGUUUCAGUCUUACCUCAUUCAACUUUAUUUCACGCUAGACUCAGUAACGAGUACAUCUUCCUCACCAAAAGAUGAGGUUCUUUUCAAUUAAUUAAGAUGAUUUGAUAUUUGCUUGGACUGGAAUCAUGCAAACUUUGAGCUCCAUUUGGGCAUUUACUGUAAUUAACUUCACUGGUCGGAAAAAAAAAAUACAAAAAAACAAAAUGUCACAAGACAUCAAAACCUAGAGCUAAAUGACUGCGUGAACAUCUAAUACAACACACACACAAAAACAGAUUAACGCUUUAUCAGCAAGACCAUUUCCAUCCCUUGUGACAUGCACAAGUUCUUGUUUCAAGCCAAGUCCGAGGCAGGCCUAUCAAAAAGCCCUUAUGUUUGCGUGGAAGAGAUGAAUGCUGUUUUGAUGUGGUGAAUCUAGGAUAGCACUCAGCAGGCCAGCACAAGACCCAACAGAUCAUAAGAUAAUGACUCACUAUUAAAAACUGUUGUAGGCUCAGCUUUCAAGAAAAUACUAAUCAAAGGUUCCUCUCAAGAGUGAUAGAGUCCAGAGCCAACUGUUAAUGACAAACAGGCGCUGCUGUUUGUUAGGGAAAAGGGGAAGUGUAAAGACUGACACAUCUAAUAAUCUAUUCAUAAAAUUUCCCAUACAUGUUUCGUUUGCUUACCAGGUCUGUAUGAGGAAGAAUGGCAGUCUGCAGAAAACAUCUUAUUGCUGCCAUAAAAUGGGUUUUGUGGGGAUUUACUUAUUCAACACUGAAUUAAACUUGUGAAAUGUG